UUGAUCGCCAGAUGGGUGAUUAGGCGAAAACCGAGAAUAUUUCACUUUAAGACUUGCGUUGUUCAAACAACAUCCCUUUCAGGUUCUCCAACUCCAUCGUCAGUCACUGUCGAAAAUCUUCCUAGUCUUCCUGAUCCUGUACAGCUUGCUGGAGUUUCUGAUCCUUUUGGGUUAGGGGAGUUACCUGAGAUUAACAACGAUCUGUACGCGCAGCUUCUUGAUCUUGGAUUCGACGAUUUCACCGCACGUCUUGCCCUUAUUCGCACAGCAAAUACAGGUGUUGAAGAGGCUGUCAAUUGGAUAAUCGAGCGAUCUAAUCCUAGCGAUUUCGAGGAUAAUUCAUCUAGCAGCGACGGCGGAGACGACGUCGAAAUGGGAGGAGGACGCACUCACAAAAUGGUGUUGGUAGCGAACAUGAGUCUCAAAAUGGGCGUAGGAAAGCUGGCUGCUCAAGUAGGCCAUGCUACACUAGGUGUAUAUCGUCAGGCGAUGAAUUCUGAAGCUGGUCGUGAAGCCGUAGAAGCAUGGACUCGUCAUGGGCAGGUGAAGAUCGUGGUCCGCGGCAAUAGCACAGAAGAGUUAAUGGAUAUGUGUAAAAGUGCAAAAGACGGGGGUUGCUUCUGUUAUUUGGUGCAAGAUGCCGGCUACACCCAAAUACCACCCGGUUCACGAACAGUUUUGGGGAUAUUCGGUACAGUUGAACAGGUGGACGCGGUAACUGGUGGUCUAAAACUGCUAUAG